CUCAUCCAAGAAGAAGAAGGAUUUAGCAACGUGGAGCUCAUGUUGUAAACCAUGAUUGACCACACACUCCAGCACGGUAGGUGGCGGCAUGCUUCUUAAACGUUUGUUUCCGGACCGCCAUUAUGUCGUAGAAGAAGAAGAAGAAGAAGAAGAGAAGAAGAAGGAAGAAGCAGCAGCAGCAGCUCAGGUCGCUAUAAGAAGUGAAGAUGGCGAUAGCCUACGAGAGGUUCAAUUUGCACACCAGCCCAGAGAAGUUCUACAUUGAGGCCUGUGAUGAUGGGGCCGAUGCAGUCCUGGCCAUCGACAGGGUGUCCAAUGAGAUGACCCUGACUGGGAAGAAGGAUGUUCCUCCGUCAGCCAACACCAGACCCAUCUGUGGCAUCAUGGGGACCGUCCGCUUGGUGGCAGGGAUGUACCUGAUUGUCAUUACCAAGAAGAGGAAUGUGGGCAGCCUCCUGGGUCACGCUGUGUGGAAGGCAGUGGAUUUUGAUGUCAUUUCCUACAAAAAGACUGUGCUUCACCUCACCGAGGACCAGACACAAGACAACAAGACAUUCCUGUCCAUGAUUAACAACGUGCUGACAACAGAUGGAUUCUACUUCUGCACUGACUAUGACCUGACCCACACCCUCCAGAGACUGGCCAACGUCAGCCACGACUUCCAGGAGAUGAGCCUGUUGGAGAGGGCAGAUCAGAGGUUUGUGUGGAACGGAAGCCUUCUGAGAGAGUUCCUUGCACAGCCAGAGCUCCACAAGUUUGCGAUCCCUGUUGUCCAUGGAUUCGUCGUGAUGAAGCCGUGCCGAAUCAACGGGAAGAUCUUUGAAUGGAUCCUCAUAUCCAGGAGGAGCUGCUUCAGGGCUGGGGUCAGAUACUACGUCAGAGGUAUCGAUUCUGAGGGCCACGCUGCUAACUUUGUGGAGACGGAGCAAAUAGUCCUGUACAAUGGUGGGAGGGCUUCAUUCGUACAGACGCGAGGCUCCAUGCCCUUCUUCUGGUCUCAGAGGCCCAACCUGAAAUACAAGCCCAAACCACUGAUCAGCCACAACACCAAUCACAUGGAUGGCUUCCAGAGACAUUUUGACUCCCAGGUCCUCAUCUAUGGAAAGCAGACCGUUCUGAACCUGGUCAACCAGAAGGGUUCAGAGGAGCCACUGGAACAAGCCUUUGCCAAGAUGGUGACUGACAUGGAGAACGGCAUGAUCAAGUACGUAGCAUUUGACUUCCACAAGGAGUGCAGCAGGAUGAGAUGGGAUCGUCUGUGUAUCCUGGUGGACAAUGUGGCUGAGACACAAGAUGAAUACAGCUACUUCAUGGUAGACACGGAGGGGAAGGUGUUGUCCCAGCAGAAGGGGACGUUCCGCAGUAACUGCAUGGACUGUCUGGACCGCACCAACGUCAUUCAGAGCAUGCUGGCCCGCCGCUCCAUACAGUCCCAGCUACAGAGGAUGGGUGUCCUGCAUGUAGCCCAGCGGAUUGAGGAACAGGACGAUUUUGAGAAGAUCUACAAGAAUGCUUGGGCUGACAAUGCCAACGCAUGCGCCAAACAGUAUGCUGGUACAGGAGCCCUGAAGACUGACUUCACCAGGACAGGGAAGAGGACCCAGAUGGGUCUGGUGAUGGACGGCGUGAACUCUGCCAUCCGCUACUACAAGAAUAACUUCUCUGACGGCUUCAGACAAGAUUCCAUUGAUUUGUUCCUUGGAAACUACGCUGUUGAUGAAACAGACGGACCACCUCCACUCCGCAUCCAGAAAGACUGGAAGUUCAUCACGCUGCCCAUCAUCAUGGUGGUAGCAUUCUCCAUGUGUAUCAUCUGCCUCCUCAUGGCUGGUGACACGUGGACUGAGACCCUGGCCUAUGUGUUGUUCUGGGGCACUGCUGCUGCCGUCACCGCUGCCGUCAUCGUCUUCAACGGCCGUGACUUCGUGGACUCCCCCAAACUGGUGCAGAAAGAGAAGAUGGACUGAACGUGUGUGUGUGGAAAGCAGCUCGGCCCAGCGUACUCCUAUACCUCUUCAUCCAACUCUUCUUCCUCCCGGCUGCUUGAGGCUCGGACACUGUACUGACCUGCACUCCACACUGUCCUCCUAGGGUGUGUCCCAAAUGGCACAUUAUUCCCUAUAUAGUGCACUGGAAUAGGGUUCCAUUUGGGACGUAGCCCCUAUAGUUUCUACAGGGGUUUUUCUAUAGGGUUUUCUACUCUGACCCAGAACUCUUGUUUAUCAGUCAGCAUAUCUACUGAAGCCGCUCUGAACUCUACAGUCUCCUAUCAGACUCUGUCCUCCUUACUUCCUUCCUAUCCCACAUUCCUUAGAUCAUGGUGUAUACUGACCUUUUUCUUUUGUGUUUAAUUUCUCUGUGUUGGACAAGGCUGGUGUACAGUCGGUCAACCUCGGUGAUGGUUUAACCACUUUGAAAGGCACCACACGGUAAUGGCUAUUACAGAGGUCUCAGAAAACAUUUUGAUGGCACUUUAUUGAAUUGCAGUGUAAUUCUUCAUUUUUCACGAAAGCAACUUUUUUUUAAAACAAGACGAUAUUCAAUAUUCUUGUUGUACAUUAAUGAAUGGUUUCUUUUUGGUUUAACUUUUCUGUUUACUGUAAUUCGAAUGCAAUGUAUUUUUAAACUAUAGGGAACUACAGAGAAAUGGUUGGCACUUUAACAUGCACUAGAAUGACUGGGGUACAUUGUUUAGAAAGAUAACGUUUCGGUUGUUCUCUUGAAUGUAAUAAGCCUUACUAUACUACUAGUUUAAAGAACACACAAACACACACACAUAUAUAUAUAUAUAUAUACAUACAUACAUACAUACAUACAUACAUACAUACAUACAUACAUACAUACAUACAUACAUAAACUAGCUAGUUCUCCUGGAGACGAAUGACGUGGGGAUUGGGGCGGAGAAUGUAUUCCUACUACGAACAUUAAUCAUGAAAAAAUAUUUGAUUCUAUUUUUCAGUAAGGGUUUCUUGCUUACCAGCUCUUACCAUCUCUUAUGUUGAUUCUAUUUUUCAGUAAGGGUUUCUUGCUUAAGCUUACCAUCUCUUAUGUUUUGCAUUUUGGGUGAACAUGAAAUAAGUUGCACAUAGUAUGUGAUGUGAGCGGUGGGAGAUGUUGGUUAUAGGGUAGUCUCUAUACCAUAGUUCUGUGAGCGGUGGGAGAUGUUGGUUAUAGGGUAGUCUCUAUACCAUAGUUCUGUGAGCGGUGGGAGAUGUUGGUUAUAGGGUAGUCUCUAUACCAUAGUUCUGUCAUAACCUUGACUUGUCAGUGUUUUCUAGUUUACCUCUCACAGUAUUUUGGGAUUGUUAUGCUCCAGAUACACAGAAUUUAAUUACAAUUUGAAUUUAAAACCACACUUUAGACCUGCCUUACAAGCUUGCUCUCCUCUCCAUGAUUUGAGGGAGUGAACAUAACCAUUCCUUGUUAUCGUGAAUAUGAUUUCUCGUCUUAAUGGUUUUGAGGAUUUUUCUCUAUUCAGUAGAUUUGUUUUGUGGACAGUUUGUUGCUAUGCCUUUGUGUGUCUACUUUCCUGUUCUAAGGAUUUCCAUCUUGCAUUUGCAGUGUUGAGCACUUAUUCUAAAUACAGAAGAAGAGGUCACGGCGUUAAAAUAUUUUAUAACAUCAGUACAAUUCCAUUGUUCCUUUUUAGAAUGUAUCGUAAUCUGCCAGUGAUUUACUACAUUUUAAAGCUAAAUUAGAAUGUAUUAGUUAAUAUGCUAGAACUAAUAUUUCUUCUAGCUGGGCAGUGGUAACUACAAAGGAGGGAGGACCAACUCAAGCUUGUCGACUGUUAUGGGUUUCCAUGAACAUAUCCUUGUAAUUAUAUAUACUGUAUAUUUUACAAUGAGAUUGUAUGCUGAGCACUUAUUUGCAGAGUCUAUACUAAAUGUAAAGAUCAAGCAGUGA